AUGCUCAUACUUUCGUUGGUGUCAUUUGGUGGUUUAUGUUUUGCAAUCGUUUUCUUUGCCGUCGUUCAUUACGGUCUUCGACGAACCUCUGAAACCGAUCUGGGUGAUUUCAAACCCGCAGCAGGAACGUUAGACGAUACGGAUUUGGGCCCAAUCGAGACUUUAGGUUCGUGGAUUGAAUCACAACUGGAAAUCAUGUGUGCACAUUAUGGACAGUUAUGUACUCGUCGUCCGUUGACGGUGUUUGCUUUUGGUUUAUUUGUGGCAAUGUUAUGUUCAACUGGGCUGUUCUUCGUACGUUUCACAACGGAUCCAGUUGAGCUGUGGUCAUGUCGAACGAGCCGUGCUCGCAUCGAAAAGAAUUUCUUUGAUUCCAAAUUCGGACCAUUUUAUCGAACCGAGCAAUUGAUCGUCUACCCUCGCGAUCAAACGUUCUUUUUGCACGAUAAUCAGUCGAAUCUAUUCGAUCAAGGAUAUUACGGACCUGCGUUCAGGAAAACAUUUCUUCAUAAUGUGUUCGAGUUGCAAAAUGCGGUGACAGCUUUGACAGCACAACUCGAUGAUGGCACUUCAAUUGGAAUUCGCGAUGUUUGCUUUAAACCAAUGGCACCUGACAAUAUGAAUUGCGCCAUUAUGAGUGUCCUUAACUACUUUCAGAAUGAAAGGCAUCUGUUGGAUGAAGUGAAUGAAGAUGAUUGGUCGGGUACUCAGUUCGAUUACCUGGAUCACAUUCUCGCUUGUGCACAGAAUCCGUACACAGUAUCGUCUCCCCUCGGCAUAUCGUGCAUCUCAGCAUUCGGUGCUCCGAUUCAACCGUAU